GAUCAAAGCUUGUGACGGCGAGGAAGCGCGGAUUUCUAAAUAUAUAAUAGCCGGCGAUGUGCAAGAAUAGGAGGGAAGAAGGAGCACGACUCGCGAUCGCGUCCCUCGAGAGAACGAAUGGAACGUCGUGAGCUCGCAGUGGGCACCGCGACGCCGCGGCGUCAUCCGGACGCGCGUUCCGAUAGGUCAGUUAUCGCGGAACAAACUAGCUGCCGGCGGGUCCGCGUUAGAAUCCUGUAUCAGCCUUUCUCGCACACAGAUCGACCGAGGAACAACUCUGAACAAGAGAUGCAGCGGUGUCCGUAUCUCCACGAGAUGAAGGAGCGCCUGCUCUCCCAGCCGACACCGACGGACAGCCUGGACAUGGAACGACUCGACGGCACACCCGUCAAGGAGCCCAAUCUGCACACCGAUUAUCCCGCGCACACCAACCCCGGGGUGAUACCGGAUCCCCCGGAAAUGCCGCCCGACUCGCUGAUCGGCACGGUCGUCAAGCUGAAUUCGGAUGGUUACGGCUCGCAUACGUCGCCGGCGCACGCGAGGCAGCCUCUAGUGCCUCAAAACGCCAACAACCCGCCCCUCUGCCUCACCCCUACGCACUCCGGCCCAACGACUGGCACGCUGCCAAAGAACGCAAAGACGUCGCUGUUCAUUAUCAUGAGUUUCAUCUACGCGAAACUGCUGGUGGUCGUGUGCAUCGCUUACGUGAUAAGCGAGGUGGUCACGCACAAGCUGCCUCUCUACUACUACGAGGGAUUCUUCACGUAUCUCUACGGUGUUAGCAUCUUAUUCCUGUUGUACGUGUUCUGCUUCCUGCUGCAAGAAAGCGCUUGCUGCUCGAGGGGCAGUGACACGCCACCCCCGCCUCCGAGGCCGCCCAAACCACCCAAGGAACCCAAGGAGAAGAACAAGAAGAAGGACAAGAAGGACAAGGAGCAGAAGUCGUCGAAGAACAAGAAGGAAUAUCAGGACGCCGCUGACGUCGAGGCUGGGGUGGCCACUCGGGCGCUGAGGAAGCGGAAAACUUCGCAGAACGAUCAGAGCCAUGGAAGCUUUUUCCUCAGAAUCGGAGCCAUCGCUUUUGGCCUGGGUACAAUGGUCUACAACGGUUUGGAAUUCGGCACGUUCUUCGAGGUGCCACCCACAUCGCCGUGUUACCAGAUUCUCCAAGGCGUGAAUCCAGUUCUGCAAAUGAUCUUCACCUUCAUGCAGAUGUACUUCAUCUUCAUGAACUCGAGGCUGAACAUUCAUCGCUUCAAAGUGAUCGCUCGUUUCGGCCUGAUGCACGUGGUGGCCACCAAUCUCUGCGUCUGGAUCCGUACCCUGGUGUUGGAGAGCAUCAAGGAGAUCACGAAGCAUCAUCAGAAAAUGGGCCAAUUCGAGGCGGGCAUUCUCGAGAGUAUCAAACAGCACUCGAUGAGAAACGCGGGUGCCAUACUGGGCACGGCGCCCCGGGACGUGGCGCUUCUGCGCGAGGCGCCGUUAACAGCGACCAGGUCGUCGACCGUGCCCACGUCGGUCGCGAGCACCAUAGCCGCCUCGUUGGGCCGAAUGAUGAAAACUACGGCAAGGGCGAUCGCCAGGGCCGUCACCACACCGACCUCGACCACCGCCACCGGCUGGAACCCCCCCACCUCGAUGACCACUUCCACCUCGACCCCUAGGCCCAGCUUCACCACCACCACCGCCAGCACUUUGACCACUUUUCUCACCGCCCUCACGCCGAAAACCACCACCGAGGAGAGGACCACCCCGACCACUCCAGCCACCACCACCACCACCACCACCACCACCGCCGCCGCCACCACCACAACCACCACCGCCAUACCCUCCACCACCUUGUCCUACUUCGUCCAACUGUUCGACGCGCCUCAGGCGGACAACAAGGAAGAGAUCCGAUGUAAUCGUUCCGUAACACAGAUACAUCAAAUCUUCGACCUGAACAACCAAACGAACAGCAGCGAAUAUUGGAGCCCGAAUUUCGGCGCGUACGCGGAGGCGUUGACGGACGAGGAGAUCGCGUCGAAUUCGUGCGGCCGGGUGAACAUCAUGGGGACGAUCGUGCAGGACGCCGAACCGUACCUCUUCCCCUUCAUAAUCGAGUACAGUUUGAUCGGUGCAGCGGUGAUCUACGUGAUGUGGAAACACAUCGGCCGACAUCCCCGUUGGCCGCAUCAGGUGGAGGCAGAUCUCGAGCGGCGGCUCGAGGCCAUGCUGUCCCGAAGAGCGGUCGCGUUGGCUCAUGCGGGUCACACAAGGGUGGACUGUGUAGGAGCGAGCAAAGGACUGUUCUUCGGCCUGUUGCUGCUGGUCGGCUCGCUGAUCUGCCUGAUCCUCUUCUUCGUGCUGAUCCACCAUCCGGACUUGGGCCUGGUCGCCAUUUACCUCGCGGACGUGUCCCACUGCGUGCUCAUGGUCCUCUCGAUCGUGGCCAUAAUCGUCGGUUUCAUACGGGUGCAGAGCUUGAAGUUCAAGGCCGAGGAGCAGAGCGACCUGAACGACAUCCUCCUCCGCGUGUCGGGCUUCGGCCUGUUCGUGUACGCGGUGUUCAGCGUGAUCGCCGGCUCGCUGGCAGCGUUCACCCACGAGCCCAACCUCCUCGUCAUGCUGACCGGCCUCCUCUCCGUGGCCCAGGUCAUCCUCCAGAUGCUGUUCAUCGCGGACGUGUCCCGCAGAAGGGUCCACCUGCCCGAGCACGAUCGUAGCAAGCCCGGCAGGCAGGUGGUCACCUUCCUGCUCAUCUGCAACCUGACCAUGUGGGUGAUCUACACGUUCGAGUCGCAGAAAGUGAUGGCGAACCCGGUCCAGCUCGAUUUCUACGGGUUCCUCGCGUGGGCCAUCGUGCAGAGGGUCACCCUCCCGCUCUGCAUCUUCCACAGGUUCCACAGCGCGGUCACGUUCGCGGAGAUAUGGAAGACGAGCUACAAGGCGCGCCUCGACUAGACGAGGGGAUCGUUCGUCGGGAUCAACGGCCCGGAUUGAUCGUCGUUCGCGAAUCGAGAGGGAGAGAGAGAGGGAGAAAGAGAAUGAGAGCUUCUCGAUCGUCUCUCUGUCCAAGAGACUCGGAUGGA